GACCUCGCCUCCUCCACCCACCCCCACCCCGGCCGCCUCCUCGACGCGACGGAGACGCAAACCCUAGCCCCCACACCAUCCAGCCAGCCAAGCCACCCUCCCCUCCCGGAUCACUCUCCUUCUCUCCCCGAUCUCUAUAAAAGACCGCGGAUUUCGAAUUUCUUUCCGCGGGAUCUCUAACGGCCCCACCUUUCCCGCGCGAAUCGGCCUCGGAUUGAGCCGUUUCGUCCCGUUGCUGUAGGGGGGAUUGGGGGAUUUCAUCUGGUGGUGGUGGUGGGGGAUUCGAGCCGUGGAUGGCGGAGCCGGCGUUGGACGGGAGCCAGCCGGUGGAUCUGUCCAAGCAUCCCUCCGGCAUCGUCCCCACGCUCCAGAAUAUUGUGUCGACGGUCAAUUUGGACUGUAAAUUGGACCUCAAAGCAAUUGCCCUUCAAGCACGUAAUGCAGAAUAUAACCCCAAGCGUUUUGCUGCGGUUAUUAUGCGGAUAAGAGAACCUAAAACUACAGCAUUGAUAUUUGCAUCAGGGAAAAUGGUCUGCACUGGAGCAAAAAGUGAACAUCAAUCAAAACUUGCCGCUAGGAAGUAUGCUCGCAUCAUCCAGAAGCUUGGUUUUCCAGCAAAAUUCAAGGACUUCAAGAUUCAGAACAUUGUUGGGUCUUGUGAUGUCAAAUUCCCGAUCAGGCUUGAGGGUCUUGCAUACUCUCAUGGUGCUUUCUCUAGUUAUGAACCAGAGCUCUUCCCUGGCUUGAUCUAUCGGAUGAAGCAGCCAAAGAUUGUGCUACUGAUUUUUGUUUCAGGCAAGAUCGUUCUGACAGGAGCUAAGGUGAGAGAUGAGACAUACACUGCCUUUGAAAAUAUCUAUCCUGUCCUCACAGAGUUCAGAAAAGUCCAGCAAUGAUAACUAAUUGGAAGCUAGCAGGGGAGUGCUGAAUGGGAAAAUGUUAUUGCUGGCAGCCAGCUCCAACUUCCAAGUGUACAUAUAAUCUGGACCUCGGAGGAGCCUAUAAGCUGCCAUGAGACCUGGUGCGUGCGAUGCACUUGUAGAUGCCCACACAGCUCAACUAUUUGUGAUGGAUGGAUAAUGCUUGGUCGAGUAGAUUCAUGGUCAUGGGCAGUGAUUGUAGCUUGCAAAGCCUUAGUGGAAGUGGUACGCCAAUAAGACUGAAAAGCAAGUUUUGGUCCUGGCUUUUCAAAAGUCUUUCUCUAAAUGUUUCCUCCGUAGAUGAAAAAGGCAAAUGUAGUGUAUGUACUCCUUGACAUGUUAUGACGAUAAUACUGAAAAAUUUGGACUUUUUGAUGGACUGUUGCUAA